CGUAAAAAGCAUGGAGUAUAGAAACAAAUAAAGGAGAAACGCGGCUUAUGAAAAUUUGGCUUUAAAAUGCAAGAAAGUGUUUCCCAAUGCUACAAAUGAAUUCGUUUCAAGAAAAAUUUCGUUACUGAGUUCUUCGUGAUAACGGCGGCAUGAUAUCUAUGCGUCGCAGUGGUUCGUCGUUAACUGAGAAAAGUGAGAAAUACCUUCGAGAAAUAAUAAUAAUACCACUACUGCCCGUUUAGUGUAUGGAGCAGAAAGGAUUGGUCCGGGUCCAGUCGUAGUCGUAAGUCGGAUCUGAGUUCGUCUAGUUAAUGGCCCACUUAACAUUCUAUUGUAGAAGAAGAAGAAAAGAAUCAUUCGAAUUUUCAACGGCAACUACAAGUACCGUAAUUUGAACGAUUUUAAGGUUAAUUCCUGAAUAUUUAUUUUGUAUUUGUCUUUAGUAUAUUGAUAUUACUCAAGACGUAUCUAUAACGAAAUACUAGUAGUGUGAAUACGUUCUUUUAAUUAUCUAAUACGGCUUUACAUAAUAGGUACUUUACACAAUAGCUUCAUUCAUAGCUAGUUUUAUUAUUAAAGAUGACGACUAAGAACACCAAAACUCCAGCUAUGGUCCUACAAGAAUUUUCAGUAAAAAAUAAAUAUGCACCACCAACUUAUGAAAUUAUUUCUAGUAUUACUGGAACUCAUGCAAACAGAUUUGACUAUAGGGUUACCAUAGCUGGUAUUGUAGCAGAGGGAACGGGCACAUCAAAACAAAUCGGGAAACAUAAUGCUGCACACAAUGCCCUAGUGAUUUUAAAAGAAAAGGGCAUUUAUGAUUCAGAUGAAAUUCCUGGGAAGGAAUUUAAGGCAUCUAUACCGAAUAAUAGUACACCAGAAAGUCCAUUUAAAGCAUCACCGAAUUGCGUAGGACCACUAAAAGACUUAUGUAUGGAAUACAAAAUUCCGGACCCCAUAUUUAUGUUACUAUCUGAUGUUGGCCCUCCACAUUCAAGAGAAUUUACUUUUGAAUGUAGUGUGGCAUCUAUCAAAACUGUAGCUACUGGAAAUACCAAAAAGAUGGCUAAACAAUUGGCAGCUAAGGAAAUGUUAGAGAGGAUAAGACAUGUUAUACCUGAUAUUGCUGAACAGUACAGUAAGAGUGAAGGUCAAAAAGCCAUAACUAAUGUUGAUGUAGAUAUGAAAGUUUUAAAUAAGUAUAAUGAAUUUUUUGGUUCCAUUGUACCUGAUAAAACUGUAGAAAUUGGCGACUAUUCUGGGACAUUAAAAAAAUUAAUGGCAGAUAAUGAAUUGAUAUUCAACAACUUUUCAGAGGAGUUUUCUGAAAGAACAGAAGAAUCCCUGAAGAAAAUUUUGGAUCAGUUAGGACUGAAUUACAACAUUUAUGAAAUUCAAGAUAAUCCUCCCAUAGUAACACUGUCCCUGAAUACUGAUACACCAUUUACAACUAUAGGAAUGUCUAUGUCAAAAGAGAACGCAAAGGCAGAAGCGCUCUCCCAAGCUUUUGAGAUAAUGGAAGUUUUCAUGCGUUUAUAAUUUAUCUAGUUACUUAGUUGAUCAUAAUUGUACAUUCUUAUAAAUAUCUAAUAAAAUCCAAACAGUUCAUUUUGUAUUUAGAUUUGUGUAAU